UGGUGACUUAAGAAAGGCAUUUUGGCUCCCAGAUAUUGCCCGUGCCAGCUCUUUUGCGCCUUCUCACCCGUCGCGCUGCCAGUUUUGUCGCAUUCUUCACCAUCUUCUGGCGACUUUCUGCAAAGCAAGCUCUUUGCUGCCAAGCUGCCAAGAUGAAAGACACAAUGGCACAGGAUAACAGCGCUGCUGCUGUCACUACCUCGGACGAACCGGUGGACCGCACUCUUUCCCCGCCCGAUACGGAAGCUCUCGCGCACACCAACAAGUCUCGCUGGGAGCGUCUAUGGCCGUCGUUGGCCUGUGGCGCUGGAUUAUUCUCCGACGGAUAUCUCAAUGGCGUCAUCGGUCAAGUCAAUACGAUGCUCUCUCAGAUUUAUGGUUCCAAAUACUCUGAUUCCGCAGCAUACUCGAAUGUCGCAUCCAUUGUAUUCGCGGGAACCGUUGUCGGCAUGCUCAUUUUCGGGUACACUAGCGACCACUAUUCUCGAAAAUGGUCACUUAUGGCGUCAACAAUCAUCCUGAUCAUCUUUGCCGCACUUGCUGCUGGCGCAUGGGGUGCGCAUCAUAGUCUAGGGGGAAUGUUAGCUGCCUUGACUGCCUAUCGAUUUCUGCUUGGUAUCGGUAUCGGAGGCGAAUACCCUGCCGGCAGUGUAGCUUGCGCUGAGAGUUCGGGCGAGCUCAAGGCCGGAACUCGCAACCGAUGGUUCAUUCUAUUUACGAAUGUCCAGAUUGAUUUUGGCUUCGUCAUCUCCGCCUUCGUUCCUCUGGUCCUGGUUUGGAUUUGCGGAGAAGAUCACCUUCGGGCGGCAUGGAGAAUUUCUCUUGGUCUGGGUGUUAUCCCGCCUAUGAGUCUCUUCUACCUGCGGCUCAAGCUGCAGGAACCUGAGGCUUACAAGCGUGAGACCAUGAAACGCGCCAGAACUCCGUGGUUGUUGGUCAUUAAGUAUUACUGGUGGCGCUUGUUCAUCGUUUCGGCGAUUUGGUUCAUCUAUGAUUUUUCUGCCUACUCCUUUGGUAUCUACUCCUCGAAAAUUGUUGAUAUCAUUUUGGGCAGCAGUCCUCCUCUCUGGAAGUCUUUCGGUUGGACUACAGUCAUCUACUUGUUUUACAUGCCGGGUUGCAUUCUUGGAUCAUUUGUCAGCGAUUGGAUUGGCCCUCGAGCCACGCUGGCUUAUGGUGUUUUGGCGCAGGCCAUUGUCGGUUUUAUCAUGGCUGGCUGCUACAAUCUGCUUGCAACUCCCAGUCACGUGGCUGGCUUUGUAGUGGUUUAUGGAAUCUUUCUCUCUCUGGGCGAGCUGGGGCCGGGGGACAACAUUGGCCUUGCGGCUUCCAAGACGUGUGCGACAAGUGUUCGUGGACAGUACUAUGCCAUCGCGGCGGCUCUUGGUAAAGUUGGAGCAUUUGUCGGCACUAAGGUGUUCCCCAUCAUCAUUUCCAACGCGCCAAACGAGGCGACUGGUGGCCAGCAUGCCUUUUGGGUGUCUAGUUCGCUUUGCGUGUUCAGCGCAUUCCUCGCCUUUUUCUGCUUGCCUCACAUUGCUCAGGACACGAUUGUGACCGAGGAUAUCAGGUUCCGUGAGUACCUGCUCCAGCAUGGCUACGACACUUCCAAGAUGGGUGUCGUGGAGCUGCAAGCCGAGAGCGUGAUGAAUGUAGAUCAGGCUGCUGAGGGCGAGAUGACCGAAAAGUCAUGAAUUAUGUUGGCCGAUGAUAUAUUUUUUUUUCUUUCUGUUCUGUUCUGAUAUCCUGAUCCUGGGGACGACAAGAUCAUCUUAAUGACAUUGACGAAUU